AUCUUGUUGGUGGAACCAUAUGAACUGAGGACAAUGGUGGUGGAGUUGGAGUACCCAGAGACCUUGGUUGUGGCGCCGAAGGGCUCGGAGACCUUGCUAGAGGAGGUAGAGGUGGAGGACUCGGAGACCUUGUUGGUUCGGGUGGAGGACUCGGAAAUCUUGUUGGUGGAGCCAGAUGAACUGAGGACAAUGAUGGUGGAGUUGGAGUACCCAGAAACCUUGCUCGUGGCGGCGAAAGACUCGGAGACCUUGUUGGGGAAGGUGGAGGUCUUGAAAACCUUUCUGGUGGAGCCAUUUGAACUGGAAACCUCGGUGGUUGUGGCGGAGGACUCGGAAACCUUGCCGGUGGCGGCGGAGGAGCCCAGUUCAUCCUCAAGCCGUAGAUUGCAAAGCCGCGUGCCUCUAUGA